GGAAGAAUAUACAGGUUGGGGGAGGAGCUUCAAAAACUCUGCCCAGACUGGAGCAUUCUGAGGGCUAUAAAAUGGCUGUAGCCACCGCACCAGCUUUAGUCUUCCACUCCCGCUGGUGACGAUUCGGAGCUGGUGCAGCUCAAACCAUGACUGCUGUCAGCCUGGAAUGGAAUAAGGAUCCAUGGCCUGGACUGCAGUAAACAAUCUCAGUCAUUAUGCUCUGAUUUUUUGUCUCCUCUUCCGGCUGAGCCAUCAAGGCACACCUCUCCUGUCAGAUAAGCACAGUCUUUGCUUCAAAUUCACUGUUGAGGCUUCCUAUGAACCUGGAAAGUCAUGGCUUAACGUAUCCUGCUCAUUGGAUGAAAAGCUUUUAUUUGAGUACAAAAAUGCCAACAAAGCUGAACUUGUGAGUAGCAUUGGAGAAGGAAAUUCCACCAAAGUAUGGGAAGAUGUGACUCAAACGGUUAAAGAAAUGGGACAAGAGUUCAGGAAGAGGCUAUUACACAUCAGACCAAAGACAAAAAAUACCAAGGAUCAUCCUGAAUUGCAAGUCAACAUGUGCUGUCAACGUGAAAUAGAACAGAACACUGGUGCCUCCUUGCUGUUCAACCUUAAUAAACAAAAUUUAGUCUUAUUUGAUCCAAACAGCAUGACUUGGAUAGAGCUUAAUCCUGAAGCAAGAGGUGUUAAAACUAAAUUGGAAAAUGACAAGGAACUAGAGAAAGAUCUCAAGAAGUUUUCCAUGGGAGACUGUAGUCAUUGGCUCAAUGAAUUCUUAAAGCACUGGACAGAUAUUUCAAGACCAACGGUAAAGACUUUGGAUACUGUACAGAUGUCACCAAAAUCUUGGGAUAUGAAAGCAAUCAUCACUGUAGUCUUCGCAAUCAUAAUCCUUUUUCUUAUCGGUGUUGUUGUUGUCAUUUUCCGGAAUGCAAUAGUCUCCUGCAUUCGUGGAACUCGCAGGGGUCAGCACACCCCAAGUGCAGUGGGUGAGCCUUACCCUGAGGAAACCAUCUGCAUGAAUGUGAUGUGUCCUCUGGAAGGUGUUUCUCCAUGCUGCUCCUCAGCUUCUUCUGUAAUCUGAUCUGCAGUCGUUGUCAACAGCUGCCUCUGGUACAUCUCUGGAAUAGUCCGCAUCUCUCUACAUCACAGCCAGAAAACAAAAC